AUUAAAAAUCAUUCCUCCGUGAACACGUAAACAUUUUAAUUCACCGAAUUUCAACGAAAAUUCAAGAUGUUAUUCAAAACGUGCCAAAAAAUCCAAAACAUCAACAAAUUCGCUCUUCAAAACCUCUUUUUGGCCCGUAAUUUCUGCUUCAAAUCAACAAACCAGAAUGCCGAAGCAAAUCUCAGCUAUGGGACAGAAAAUCACGAAGGCAUCGCCGUUCUCGGUCUGAACAGAGCAAAAGCGAAAAACUCCUUUUCCGUGAGUCUCGUGAAGGAUCUUCGCUCGCACAUCGACUCCUUGGCGCAUGACAACAAAGUUCGCGUUCUCGUGCUGCGCAGUCUGGUUCCCGGUGUUUUUUGUGCUGGCGCUGAUUUAAAAGAACGCGCGACUUUGACGCCGACUCAAGUUUCCGCUUUCGUGACGUCACUCAGAAAAUUGCUCAGCGACAUCGAACAGUUGCCGAUGCCCGUUAUUGCGGCAAUUGAUGGCGUUGCCCUGGGAGGCGGCUUGGAAAUGGCUCUGGCUUGUGAUAUCAGAGUGGCAGCUGAUAACGCGAAAAUGGGACUGGUUGAGACGAAAUUAGCGAUUAUGCCGGGUGCGGGAGGAACUCAACGACUUCCGAGAGUGAUAAAUGCCGCACUUGCCAAGGAACUUAUUUUCACGUCGCGAGUUUUUAACGGAGUUGAAGCCGAAAAAAUGGGAAUUUGUAAUCAUUCCGUGCAGCAAAAUGCCGAAGGGAACGCAGCUUUUGUCAAAGCACUUGCCUUGGCGGAAGAAAUUCUCCCGAAUGGACCGAUUGGAGUGAGAAUGGCGAAAAAAGCGAUCGAUAAAGGACUUCAAGUGGACCUUAGCACGGGAUUUGCCAUCGAAGAAGCUUGCUAUGCGCAGUUAAUUCCAACAAAAGACCGAUUGGAAGGCUUGAAAGCGUUCGCGGAGAAGCGAAAACCAAACUACAAAGGAGAAUAAAUUUAAUUUUUGGCAAGAAAUUUGAUGACAUUACACACCAGAGAUGCAUUUUAAUAAAAUUUUUAUAAAAUUUUAAUUUUUUUUAUGAUUUUAAGUGUCAUGAGUUCCCUCACAAAUGCGAAUAGGAACCCAACCUAGUGCGAAUUAAAUUUUUAACUUCA